AUGCAUAAAACUCUUUCAUAGCAAGCAAUACAAGCUAGUUAAGAUAUUAAAAAACUAGCAGAUAAGCCAAUUGCAAAUAGUGAGCCCCAAUCAGACUAGAUAAGUAAUUAGAAAGACAUUUAAUAAAAAUAUAUCUUUAGCGAGCAAGAUAUAAAGUCUCUUGAAAAAAAUAUUUGGCUUGAAGUAAAAGAAAAAGCUGAGCGUUUGGUGAUAGGCUAUGAAUCAAAUUUUAUGCCAAUUAUAAAAAAGACUAUUAAUUUAUUGGAUUUAAUGAUAGAAGCUAGCUUAUAGUCAUUUAAUUCAUAAUAGAUUACCUUUUUUAUAGACGAGAUUCUUUUCACAGUAGUUAAAAAUAUAAUUGAGCAUAAAGAAUACCAAACAGAGGAAAAUUAUCUGAUUGCAGAAUAGAUUAUUAUAAAAACACUAGUGCUAAUUAAUUAGUCAAUUUAGCUCGAUAUUCCAAAGUUGUCAGAAAUAUUUGCAUAUAUAUUUAAUACCUAAAGAAGUUUAUAUUCCAAAACUAUUCUACUAAAAUCGCCACCUUAAUCAGACUACCCACUUGGUUAUGAAUUUGAUAGAGACGAAAAUAGAAGAUAGUGGGAACAAAAUUUAAAAAUAGGAGAUAUAAUUGAUUGCAUAAAGUUUGAAUGUUAUCAAAAGAGAUAGUCUUGGUCAAGAGCACUAAUCGAAAGGAUUGACGAUACAAGCGUGAGUGUUAAAUAUUUAAAUGAUUAGGUCGAUGAUAGGAUUUUCACUAAAUCUUCUUACUAGAUAGCACCUCUUGGUACAAAGUCUUUAGAUUUUGAAUGGAGAGAGUAAUUAAAAGUUGGUGAUGAAGUUGAUUUUGUUGAUUCUUAUAAUAUUUGGAGAAAUGCAACAAUACUGGAAAUAAAAGAAGUUGAAGUAAAUAAUGGGACUAUUGUUAAGUCAGUACUUGUUGGAUUGCGUAUUUAUAGAGAAGAUGGUAAUAGAUUAGAUGAAUAAAAUGGAAAAUCUUAUUUUGGAUAUGACAAAUAAUUAGAUGAGUGGGUAAGUCCUCACAGUGGAAGAUUAUAAAGAUUUAACAGAUUAGCUAGAAAGCAAGUACAGCAAUAGACAUUAAAAAAUUAUCUUGAUUAUACAGAUGAUGCAAAUGAUAUUAUUUUUGAAAUUGAAAAUAAAGCAAAUAAAAUUUAUGCCAUUUAAAGGACUGAUAAAAACAAUAAUUUAGUUCGAUAUAUAAAUUAUUUUGGAGAAAUUGGAGGCUUUGAUAAUAUCCUGAAAAGACUCUAAAAUUUUUCUAAUUGGUGCCCUUUGGAAAUAACAUAAUAUUAUUUAGAGGGAAUUCAUAACAUCCAUAUAUUCUUAUUUUUAGAUUUUGUUCGUGAAUAUAUACCUCAAAUGUGGAAAGCUACUUAGUAUUUGCUUAUGAAUCCUUCAGAAGCUAACUUAAGAACAUAUGAUAAAGAAAAAUUAGAAAGCAUAAUAAGCUCUUUGGAGGUUUUAUUGAGUAGAGCUUUUAGCUACUCAGAUUAAGUUCAUGAAACUGAAAAAUUAUCAAUGAGUUUAGCAUUGAAAUGCUAUUAAACGGAUGUGUUAAAGCAAAGGUUAGCAGGUUUAAAACUAAUAUGUGAAAUAAUUAAAUAUGUUAAAUAAAAUAGCUACAAAUCAUCUGAUAAUUUAAUAAUUAAGCCUGCAAAAUUCGUUGAGUGGAUUAAAACGAAUAACAUUAUUGAAGAUUUAUAUUUGAAUAAUAUUCAUUCUGAAAUGAUUAAUAGAAGUGCAGAAUUCUUCAAAUUUAUGUUAUCAUAGAAUCUUUUCACUGAAUAGCUAGCCAGAGAAAUGUUUAAUGCGAUUGAUAAAUAAGAUUAGAUGACUAAACGAGGAUUUUUAAAGUUAUUAAGUGAAAUAUCAUCAGAACCAAGAAGAACCCAAGCAAAGUAUAUUAUAUAAAAUAUUUAAAGGACAGAAGCAAAAGAAUUGACAAUCGAGCAAAUUGAUGUUAUUUAUGAAUUAGCUUUAAAGCAUUUGCAGAAUAUUACAAUUUGCUCAGAUGAUAAAAAGAGCGAAAUCGAUACACAAUCUGAGGAAUAUUUGUUUGAUACCAAUCCUGUUAAUAAAAAUACAAUCGAUUCACUUUUUUAUUUUUAUGAUUUAACUGUUGGUAAGGACUUUUAAAAUAUGAGCGCUGAAUUGAAAGCACAUAUAAUUGAUAAAUUUAGUUGUUUGAUAAGAACUGAUGAUGGUCGUCCUUAAAGAGUUUAAUUCCUCAUUAAAUGCAUUGAUGACAUCAAAAAAAACGUGUCUGUUUAUCACUUGCUCAACAUUAUAAAAUAAAUUAUCAGCACCUACUAUACAGAAUUAUAAAUCAAAGGAUGCAAUAAUAACCCAAAUACAAAUAAUUAAAAUUUAAUCAUUAAAUUAAACCCUACUACUGAUGAGAAAGAACCAAAAUUAAAUGUUAAUGAAGAUAAAUAAAAUUAAGAAUCAAAAGAUUCAAAAAAGAGAAGCAAUAGUGAAAAAGACAAUUCAUAGUCAGCCUUUGAAGAAAACUGCGACAACAAUGAUAAUGAAUCUCCUUAAAAAAAGAAAAAUAGAAGGGAUGGUACUCUGGUAAAUUCACCUAAAUAAUUAUUAGAAUUCCAAUAAAAUUAGAAUGUGGCAAAGUAAAAUGAAAAUAUAGUUAACAUUAAUGGAGAUAACACUGUCAAAAAUAGCAUAGAUCUAGGUCAGCCUAAAAGUAAAAUAGCUGAUAUGCUUGUAAAUGAGUAUAAAUUAGUCGAAACAGUUUUAUCAAACAUUCGCCAAGUUAAAGUAAUCUAUAAAAAAAUGUUAGACUCACCAAAUACACUUUCCUAAGAUAGAAAAGGGCUUCUUACAUAAUUCAGAUUUGAAGUAUCUGAACGUAUUGAUUUUAUUAAGUUCAUUAAUUCUAUUUUAGAAGAUGAUAAAAAAAUUAUUACAACCUCAUUUUUAACAUCUAUUUGGAAAGACAUAGUCGAAAAUCCCCUGGAUAUAGACGAGCGUGAUCUUCUUUUUAAAUGGUUGAGAGAAUUAGCUGAUGAAAAGGGAGGUCUUGUACACGAAGUAGCUUAAUUUUUCAAAUAAUAACUUCUUUUAAAUACUGAAUUUGUAGAGCAUUUGAGCUUAGAAGGUUUCUUAUGCUAUAAGGUUAUGUUCAUUUCAUUAAAUCUAUAAAAAAACUAUUUAUAGCAGUAGUAAAUACCUAAAAAUAACUAUACAACAAAUGUUUAUGGAGCUAUAUGCUCGAUGUCUGGAGGUCCUAUGAAUAAUAAUUAAAGCUCAAAUGAAGAUUAAAAUAACGAAUUUGAGUACCUCGUUUUGACUGAGCCUUAGAAUUUAGAGGGUAUGGAUUUACUUUGGGAAAUAGUUUAUAAAAAUGGUUAAGAAAGUGUAAUAGAAAAUUGUAUAGAUUUCUUAGUUAAACUCCAUCUUCAUAUAUCAGCUACCUCGAAUAUUAAUUGCGGAUAGAUUAGAAAAAAUUUUAUUGAUCACUGCAUGGAGAGCAUCAUUUCAUCUUACGGUAGCAAUAUAACAAAAGUGAAAAGGACUCUUGAUAUUCUAAAUUGCUUAUUGAAUGAAAGCGAGAAAAAGGGUAUCGGUUAUUUAAAGCCUAUUAAUGGGUUGGUAAAAGGAGAAGUAUAAAACCUAACAAUAACUAAUGAGAUUAAUGCCUAUGUUUAGGAGGGAUAAAAGAAGUAAGACAUAAAAAUUGAAUCUAACAAGACUAUUAUUGAUUUAAAAAUUUUAAUUGCUUCUAAGAUCAACACAUCUUGGGAUUAGAUUAAGAUCAAAAGAAGCCCUAACUUCAAAUAAUUAAGAGACUCCGAUAAUAGUAGGACUAUAGGAGAAAUAAGAUUUAAGAGCAAUGAAAAUCUCACAAUUGAAAAGAGAUAAACUCCUCCUAUACCAGAAGCAAAUUUAUUGAAUCAGGAUGGUUCACUAGUAGAAAAAGCAAAAUAAAUCUUUACUUCUUGGUUUGAAACUUUUUCUACUGAAGGAUUCAUGGAUGCUGAAAACUUAGCUAAGUUUAUUCAUAGCUGCACAAACGAUAGCUGCAGGCCUGAUGAUCAUAGAGUUACAAGUACUAUUGCUUAAUAUGAUCAUGAUAAUGAUGGAAAGCUUGAUUUAUAAGAUUUCUUAAACUUUUAUAGAAAGGCAUGUUAAGAGAAGAAAGCUGUGGUUUGGAAAAAUUUACAAAGCCACUACUAUCGUAACGAUUUGAAGAAGCUUAGUGAUGUAGGCGAAGACGUUGAAGAUAUUGAAAUUUUACCAAGGAAUAUUAUUAUGAAGAAUCCCUAAUGCUACGAAGUAUUGAUGAAAAUUUUAGAUAACGAAUAAGUUUCUGAAAACGCCAUCAAUUUGCUUAACAGGUUACCAGCAUCGCCUGAUUUAGUUAGAAAAGUCUUAAAUUUAGAAGGAGUAAAAGGAAAUAACCAACCUGAUUGGAGCUUAAUAUUAGACACAAAAAAUAGCUAAAGAUUGUUGUAUACUCUGACUAUUAUUGAGUAUCUUAUGGAAGAUAAUUAAGUUUUAUCAAAUAACUCAGAUGAUCAGAAUUAAUCUUAACAAGAAUAAAAAACUUAAGAGGAAGCAAAAGAAUAAUAACCUAAUUCAAUUAAAGAGUAGAAAGAUCAAUAAAAUCAAAAAGAUUCAAAAACCUAAGAUCAACCUGAAACACCUAAAGAAGAUAUAUUAAAAAAUAUUUACUCUGAUGGAGCCUCUAUUGAUCCUGCUAACUGGAGAGAAGAAUUCAUUUAAUGUGGAGGAUUUGAUUAAUUGUUUAAAGUUUUUAUUUAAUACUCAUAAUAAGAUUAUUCAAAGCUAACUAUUAAUACAAAAAAUAUUCUUUCAUUUAUUUUGAGAAUUAUGAAAAACUAUUUGACUGCUGUUUUUGCUAACAAGGUAACCCACUUGUACAAGAUUAAUUAGUAUGCCAUAUAGGUUAAGUACUCGUUGGAUGUUAUAAAUGAAAAUUUAAAAAAGGCAGAAGAAUAAAAAAAUGAUGAAGAAGAAGAAAAAAAAGAGGAAUCAAAAGAGAAUAAUGACGCUAAAUAGCAAAAAUAAGCUUAACCAACUCCUCAAGUAACACCAUAUCAUCCAAACUUACUUGAAUAAAAUGUUAACCAAAACAUGAACAACAACACUAAUGAAAAUAACAACAAUUCAAAUGCUCCAAUUGUUGGACCUUAUUCAAAAAUCAACUUUACUUCUAUUUGGGCUAACCGCUCUAGAGUGAAAGAAACUCCAGAUUUUUUAAUUCUAAAAGAAAAACUAAGUGGAAAAUUAGGUUAAAAAAUUAUGGACACUUUAGAUAUUGAAUCUAUGCUUACUAAGAUCAUAGAGAUUUUGUUUAAUGUAGUUUCUCUAGAUUCUGAAUUAGAAAGUGAAGAUAGAGUCAUUAUCGAUUUUUGCUGGUGCAUUAUUAUAGAUAUUGUGUUAUAUGAUACAAAAUAGCGUGAAAUCUUAGUAAAAAAAAAUUUUGAGUAAUUCUCACGUCUCAUAAUGAAAGGUUUAUUUAAUUAAAAUUUGAAUGCUAGAAGGGUAUUUUCACAUGCCCUUUACCUUAUUAGCCGUUAGGAUAAAGGAGUUUUUUCUUCAUUUUUGUUAGAUUUACUCAUGAAAAAUGUCCCUUCAUCAAAAGAUGUUUCUAAAAGUGACUGCAAUCAAUACUAUGAGCUACUUUGCAAAAUUAUUGAGGAAUCAACAGACUUUGAAAAUAUUUAGAUUAAUUUUUAGGAUCUUAUGGAUUUUAUGGUUUAAAAUAUCAAAGAUCAUAUAUCAUAAGAAUCAAGAUAUAAUGCUAAAAAUGAUAAAAUGCUUAUAGGUUUCUUAAACAUGUGUGAAAAGAUUCUGAAAAUUGAACCUAAUCUUGGAAAUAGCUUAGAAUAAUUUGCUGAAUAUCUAUUUGAUGUAUGUUUAUUCUGUAAAAACCCUGAAGGCUUACUUGAUGAUAAUCUUGACUUCGAUUAGAUUCAAUAAAAUUAAGUUUAUGAAUUCAAUCCACCAUAUUAUGUUAAAUGCAAAUCUUCUGAUUCUCGUAGGGGAGCAUACAAAAUUUUAAACAGUAUACUCAAAACAAAUAAGAAAAUGGUUUUAAAUAUCAUUAAAGAUGGUCUAAAUGUUCUAAUAGACACUCUAAUCCCUCCACCAUCUUGGAGUUAUCGUCCAUCAAAUGAGUAAAAGUGCCAUUAAAAUUAUUUGGGUAUUAAAAAUCUUAGCUAAAUAUGCUACAUGAACUCCAUGCUACAACAGUUCUAUAUGACAAAAACAUUUAGGUAUGCGAUUUUAGCAACUGAUGAUGAAAAAGAAGCUGAAAUUGUAGAAUAUAGAGGUAUGUAUAUCGAUGAUAACAUUCUUCAUCAAAUUCAAAAAAUGUUUGCCUUUUUAGACCUUAGUGAUCGCUAGGAUUAUAAUCCUGUAGGUUUUUGCUUUUCAUUUAAAGAUUUCUCAGGAAAACCAGUUAAUGUUGGAGUUUAAUAAGAUGCUUAGGAGUUCUUGAAUAUGAUUUUUGAAAAAUUAGAAACAAGCUUAAGACCAACUCCAUUUAAAUAUGUUUUGGAAAGUGUUUUCGGUGGUUAAACCAUUUCAUAAAUGACUUGCUCAUCAUGUGGUAAUGUUAAAGCAAAAUAUGAACUUUUUUAUACAUAGUAACUUAGAGUAGAAGGAUGCAAGAAGUUGUCAGAUUCUUUCAAUAAAAUGAUUGAAGGGGAAACUAUUUCUGAUUUUAAAUGUGAUGCUUGCGAGAAAAGAUGCGAUUAGUUUAGAAGAAUUUGCUUCUCACAACUUCCUAACAUAUUGAUAAUUCAAUUACAAAGAAUCGUAUUUGAUUUGGACACUUUUGUAAACAAAAAAAUCAAUACCAAGCUAGAAUUCCCUCACAAUCUAGAUUUAAAAGAGUAUACUGUUGAGUAUUUAGACAGCAAAGAAAAUGAAUUGAAAGUAGAAAGAAAAGAAUCAACAAAUUCGGAUUCACAUAAAUAAUAAUAAAUAUCGAAAAAAGAUGAAAACUAUGUCGAAGAUAAUGCUAACGUUCACCCUCCUGAGUAUUACAAAUAUCGCUUAAAAGGAAUAACAGUGCAUCAAGGAACUGCUGAGUUGGGGCAUUAUUAUUCAUAUAUAAAUUACAAAGAAGACAAAUGGCUUGAAUUCAAUGAUUCUAGAAUUAGAGAAUUCAACCCUCAAAAUAUUGAGCAAGAAUGUUUUGGAGGAUCAUCUUCAAAUUAUUCUGAAAAUUAUUGGGAAAAAGGCGAGAAUUCUAAGAAUGCUUACAUACUAGUGUAUGAAAGAGAGCUUAAAACUCCACUUAAGAUUGUUACAAAAAACGAAGAUCAGAGAUUAUAAGUAGAGAAUAGCUUGAACAUUAAAAUUGGUGAGCCUUAAUAGAAAUAAGAGGAAGAAUAAAUAUCAUAUGUGGAUUAUUACAGCAUAAACUAACGCAUACCAAUGAACCAAUUCAAGUCAGCAUGGCUGGAUAAUCAUAAUUUCAUGCUAGAAAAACAUGUUUAUUCUCUCGAAUUUAUACAAUUCUUGAAAGAACUCAUUUGGAUGAUUGAAAAACCAAAAGACUUCAUAACCUCUUUGACAUCACAAUCAUUCAUAUAUAAAAAUCAUAAAGAAAUACCUGAAAGAGAUCAGCAAAUUUAUUAUAACUCUUUGCAAAUGUGUGCAAAGCUAUUUUUCAAUAUUUUCUAUAAAUCAGCUGAUUUUGAAAUUCUUAAAGAUCUCCUUGUUCACAUGAAAGGAAUGCUAGAUCUUAUACCUUAGUAUACUUAUGAAUUUGCUAAAGAAUUCAUUUUCAGCAGAUUUAAAUAAAUAGAGUCUGUUUUAACUUCUUGCUCUGAAAGUGUAGUUAGAUCUUGCUACUAAUAAAUAAUUAAUUUUACAAUUAAUAAUUUAAUUAAUUAUCAUAACAUUUAGCUCAAUAUCUCUGAAAGUUUCUUUAUUGGUAAAGAUGAUGAUCAAUUCACUGAAGCUGAACUUGCUGAAAGAGAUAUUAAUGUAUUCUUAGAAAGAUUAUUGGAUAUUAUGCAUACCGAAGUAUCUAAGAAUUGGCUUAGAAUGCAACAAUACUUGGAAAUAUUUAGAGACUUCGCUUUCGGAGGAGAUGUUCAAAUUUAAUGGUGCUUUAAUAAAGAAAUGAUAGCGAGGUUAAUUGACUUUUUCUUAGGUAAUAUAUCCCCUUUGAAUUGCUAUGGUUAGAAGAAACAUGAAAUUGGCAAUAGAUUUGUUUAAACUCCAUUUGGUCCCUUAUUAUAAAAUGUUUGUUUCUUGAUUUAAAAAGUAAAAUGGAAUAUGAACAGUGAUAAAACUUAUACAUUUUCAGAGAAUGAUCAAAUUGCUUUGAACAGCUAGGAGUUUUAUUGGAAGUCUAUGUAGGAAAACUAUGAUAGCCAGAGCAUUUGCUUAAUAGGAUAGUUCUUGAGUCACAAAGAAAAGAUAUUUAGUUAGAGCUUCGGUAGUCUUAUUUUAAGAGGAAUUAAUAAGACUAAUUGUGAUCACGUAAAAUAAUACCUUGACUUGAUGUCUUCGUUUUUGGCUAUAACUGAUGAGCAUUAGCAGAUCAGGAUAGAAUGGAUUUUUGGUUAUGCAAAUUUAGUUAUUAACCCAAACGAUGGCUACGAAAUGAAAUAGAAUUUAGAAGAACAAGUGGUCAUUUAUGAAACUAGAUUAAAAUAUUAUGAAAAUGUAUAGCCUGUGUUAAAUUUAUUAUAUCAUUAUCGCAAAUUAUAGGAAAAUCUUUGUCUGCAUAUUUUACACAGAGUACUUCUUAUGUGUAAGAGUGACUAAUUCUACAGAUUCUUGCAUUAUCUUAUGAAACUUCCUGCUCCAAGCUAUUCUUGUUCCCAUUACUUGAGUUGGGUAAGACCUCACUUAGAAAGUAUAAUUAAUGAUAAUCAAAAGAAUUACAUGGCAAAUUAAAAAGAAGAAUUAGCUAAAUAAUGCUUAAGUAUAUAUGAAGAUAUAGAGAAAAUCAUAAAUAACUAUGCAGUAUAGAAAUAAGAUGACCCCAAGAAAUAGUAGGAAGAAGCCCAUCAUACAGAAUAAAGCAUCAAAGAAUCAACUUAAGUAAUUGAAGAAUGCUCAAAAACAUCAGAAUCUUCUCCUUAAAGUCAUGAUAAAUAAGAAUGUGAAAGUGCUAGAAAAGAAGAUAAUUAAUAAUAAAAUUUAAAUAACUAAGAGGCAAAUAUUGGUCAAAAAGGAUUGAUGAGCCUAUGGACAAAUUAUAUAAUAGGUAAAACCUUAUAAAUUGGUGAAAAUAGAUGGAUACCUGUAGGAGAAGAGAAUGAAUAGCCAAUUUAUUUAAGAGAGUUAGAAUACACUACAUAUUAUACAGACUCUUAACCUAAUGGAAAUACAAAUUUAAUAUUCCCUGAUGUCAUAAAAUCUGGUUCUUCUAUAUAACUAUCAUCUAUCAAAUUAGAAGAAUCUAAUAUUAAUGAUUUUCUUUAUGUCCCCACAUAAAAUAAUUCUGGAAGUGAUUUCUGUUAGCUGACUUUAAAUAUUGAUAAGAGUAAAUUUUAAAACAAUUCAAGCACAUAAUAGAUUAAUUAAGAAAAAAAAUCUAAUUCGAGUAAUUAAAAAGUCUAUUUUAAAGUACCAAGGAAAGUAUAAUAAGAAGCUAAAAGAAUAGUAAGUGAAUAUUCAGAUAAUGAAUAUGAGGAUGAAAAUGAAGUUUUUAAAAGAAAUAAAAAAUAAGCUGGUAGUAAUGACACAUAAUAAAAAGAAGAAGCUUUAAAUGAUAAAUAAUUAGAUGCUAGUGAUAAUAAUGGUUAAGAUGAUAGCAUAGAUAGUUUUAAAGCUAAUAUUGGUGAAGAAGUUAAUCACUCAGGACUGCCUUCUUCAUCUAAUUAUGGUCUAAACUGCAACCAAAAUCAAGAUGAUAAGGAAGUCUAUGAUGUUUUAAAUGUAAAUCUAGAUGAAGCAACUUAAGAUUAAAAUUCCUAAGAUCUAAAUAAAGAAAAAUAUGUAAAAACUCUAUAAAGUAACACUAAAAAUUUAUUAAAUUAGUUAGAGGAAUUUGUUGAAAACCAGAACAAAGAUUCAACCAAUGAUUAGUCUUAGCAACAAUAGCAAUAACCUAUUCCUACUUCUGACGAAGUAGAUUAAAAAUAAUAAUGCAGUGAAUUAGUAUGUGUUACUCACAUUAUAAAUUUGAAAAAAGAAAUAGGAAAUGUUGUUAGAAGAUUUUAGAUUGAAAAUAAUAGUGAAAGCCACAUUAAAGUUUUGGUAAAUUUCCAAUUACAGGAUGAAAACACCCAAGAAAACAUAAACUAGCAUAUGCCAUUUGAAAUAUACGUUUAGGUUGAACCUAAAUCCACAAUUUCCUUCUUCUCUAUGCGCAAAAUAAAUCCAAGCAGAGAUUGGUCAGAUUACUCAAUCUCUGUUUAAUAUGAAGUUAUUGAAAAUAUUAAGGUAGAUUAAAGUUCAUAAAAAAAGAAUGACAAUUAGAACGAUUGUUAAUUUAAGAAAGCAUCAACCGUUAAAAACCAACAAGAAUAAUCUAGUAAAACAUAAAGUAAUAAUUAGAAGUAAGACCAAGAUAACUAAACCGAUUAAAAAGAAUUCUCAUUUAAAAAUGACAAUAAUUAAGAUAGCAAUUUGAAUAACAGAGAUAAUUAUGAAAAUAAUCCUUAUGCAGUUAAAAUAGGACCUCAAUUACCAGACAAAUUAGAUUAAGAAUAUUAUGGAAUGGAGGCGUGUCCAGUAUGCACAUAUUUACAGCCCUCAAUAAAUGUAUUAUGUGAGAUGUGCGGUUCAAGUUUAAAGUGA